AUGUCUGCUCUGCUGCAAGUAACCGAUACUGGCGCUCCGCUUAAUUCAGCUCGCGCCUUUCGCUAUCUCUGGCUCAAUUGGCGCUUGAUUGGCAUGCAUCCGACGCGCCGUCAUCGCUGUCUCUACCUUGCCUACUCAGCGUCCAUCAACAGCGUCUUCGGCAUACUCUUGCCCGCCACAAUGAUCGCUAAACUGUGUUUUAUAGAAAAUCUACCACAACUCAUUGGACUCCUAUACCUGGGCGUCACACUCACAAUGGCCACGGCCAAGCAAUUUUCCCUUUGGCUGCAUCGCUCUAAGCUGCUGGACGUCAACUUGUAUUUGGCGAAGUUGGAUGCGCGCUGUAAUCACCAUGCCGUGGAUCGUCAACACCUACUCUGGGCCAUACGUAUUUGUCACUUCUACUAUGUCGCCUAUAUGUUUGUGUAUGAGUUAAGCAGCAGCGGUUUCGCAUAUAUUGGCUUUUCGUUGCGCCAGUUGGUUUAUGAUGCUUGGUUUCCGAAAUUGUACGAAGAUGCCGAUAAGAACCUAACUAUAACUUUGAUUUAUCAAAAUUUCGCGGUAAUGACAUUUUUUGUAUUACAAAAUGUCAACAACGAUAUGUAUCCGCAAUGUUAUUUGGCUGUAAUGAUUGGUCAUAUGCGUGCACUUUCGGCGCGUAUUAGUCGAGUCGGCAAGGAUGGCGCACUCUCAGUGGAAGAUAAUAUUGAGGAGCUAAAGAAUUGUAUAGAAGAUCACAAGAACUUGUUAAGCUACUUUGCCUGCAUACGUCCGGUUAUCUCACGUACCAUUUUCAUGCAAUUUGGCAUCACUGCCUUCGUGCUCUGCCUCACCGCCGUCAAAUAUGUGGCCUUCGGCGUUGAUACCGCACAAAUGCUGAUCGCUAUCACCUAUAUAUUCGCAGUUUUGAUUGAAGCCUUACCUUGCUGCUGGUACGUCAAUGCUCUCUUGGAGGAGUGUGGUCAACUAACCUUGGCUAUAUACAGUUGCCAGUGGUUUGAACAGAGCAAGGAAUUUCGUAAAAUACUCAUCGUUUUUAUGCAACGCUCACAACGAGCAACUGUUCUAAUGGCUGGUAAUUUGGUGCCGAUUACUCUACAGACUUUCUUAAAUAUCAUUAAAUUUUCGUUUUCAAUGUACACGAUUUUAAAAGGGUAAAAUUCCACGUGGCGUAGACGUAAUUCUGUAAAAUAUGC